GGAGAGUCCUGCCGGCAGGACCACGCUGCCCGCCCGCGCCUGCCUCCCCUGCUACCUGGCUCCUUACCUGACGCCCCUCCUGCACCCCCCCCCCACCGGGGCCGCCGCCCUGGAGGGAGAAACUCUCCACUGGAAUUUCCACUUGAAUUAAGCAACGGUGGAAAACCAGGAGAAAUGCGAGCAGGGAGAAGCUGAGCCUGGCCUGAGGGGCGAUGAGAGCCGCAUGAUGGAGGUCGAGUCCUCCUACUCCGACUUCAUCUCCUGCGACCGCACCGGCCGGAGGAACGCGGUCCCGGACAUCCAGGGGGACUCGGAGGCCGUGAGCGUGCGGAAGCUGGCCGGAGACAUGGGCGAGCUGGCCCUGGAGGGCGCAGAAGGACAGGCAGCGGCGGACAGCUCGGGGAAAGUGGCCGACACCCCGCCCAAGAGCAGCGACGAGGGGACCAGCAGCUCCUCCUGAGCCCGGCCGUGCCCGCAGGCCGGAAGAGAGCCGCACUGACCCCCGCGGACGGAGGGGUGCCUCGCGCCGAGCCCCCAUGUCCCGCGCCAGAGAGACGGCGGCCCCCAGGAGGCGGCCGGGGAAGACCUCGGCCCGCACCCCCCGCCAGGCAGGCCGCAUGCCGGACACCCCCCUGCCAGCGCGCGUCAGCCGCACCCGGCGCCGCUGGGACGCAGGGGCUGGGCCCUGCCCACCAGGGUGAAGCAGCCCCCCCACCCCACCAAGAACGCGCCUGCCGUGGCCACCGGGGCAGGGACCGGGUCCCAGCUCUGACCCCCCCCACCGCCCCCCAACGCCAGCCCUCCGGGGCCGAGACCUUCUCACCCCGUUUGUAAAACACACUUUGCAACUUUGUAAGAACUUCAGCAAGCCUUUCUCCAGCUCGCCGAGGGCGCUGGCCGGAGCCCGCGCCCCUUUCGGAAACGGCUGCGUCCACCCGGCCGGCCGCCCGCCGCCCCGCGCGGUGGGACUGUGCGCCCACCCCGCCCGCCCACCCGCCCGCGCCGACGCCGGGUUGGGAAAUAAACGCGGGUGACCUGUG